AUGGCGCAGGGAGACAUCAUUCCUUGGGUGUACGAUUUUGGGCUAUGGAUUUUUGCACUUUGCCUCAGUCUCUUCUUCCGCGAGGUUCAUCCCCGGGCGACAUGGCGGGUUCCCAAGCGCGGUCCCGUAAUCAUCGUGGCGGCACCCCACGCGAACCAAUUCGUCGAUUCCCUCCUGUUGAUGCGCAUUGUGAAAAACUAUACCAACCGCCGGAUAUCUUUCCUUAUCGCGGAAAAAUCCAUGAGGGAGCCCUACAUUGGUAUCAUGGCGCGCCCCAUGGGAGCAUUGCCGGUGGUACGGGCGAUGGACCAUGUCAAGCGAGCCGAUGGCCAAAUCUAUCUUCCUGACCCAGAGAAUGACCCAACUCUUGUUCGUGGCAAAGGGACGGAUUUCACAAACCCGCUAUUCAUGAAGGGCGGCUCAAUAAUCCCCCUUCCGAUAGGGAAAAAUGGGCCGGAACAGCAGAAUAUCGAGGAGAUACUUGGACCUGAGGAAUUGCGGCUCCGAAAGCCGUUCAAACAAUUCAAGCCUGACCAUCCACUGUACGAACGCUUGCGGACGGGCACCGAAUUCAAGGUUGCGCCGCAUAUUGAUCAAGGCAAAAUGUUUGAUGCUGUUUACCGCGACCUCUGUGCUGGAGCUUGCAUUGGCAUCUUCCCCGAAGGUGGAAGUCAUGAUCGCCCCAGUUUACUCCCUUUGAAGGCCGGCGCCGCCAUUAUUGCGUUGGGCACCCUGGCGCGGGAUCCGAACUGUGGUCUUUCCAUCAUGCCAUGUGGCCUGAACUACUUCCAUCCACACAAGUUCCGUUCGCGCGCUGUCAUCGAGUUUGGCAACCCUAUCCAGAUUCAUCCCGAUCAGGUUGAAGCUUUCAAAGCUGGAGGUGAUUCCAAACGUAACGCUGUGGGCUCGUUGCUUGAGACAAUUCAAGAUGCGCUCGCAGCCGUCACGCAGCAGGCGCCAGAUUACGAGACAAUGAUGCUCAUCGAGUCCACGAGAAGAUUAUAUAAACCCCUACGGAUGAAGCUUCCCCUGCCUGUGGUCAUUGAGCUAAAUCGACGGCUUCUCAAGGGCUAUACCCAGUUUAAAGACGAACCUCAAGUGCUCCAGUUGAAGAAGGCCGUGUCUCACUACAACCGACAGCUGAACGCUCUGGGAAUUAGAGAUCAUCAGGUCGAAUGGGGUGAUGCCAGGAGUCGGCCACGGUGGUUGGUUCUGAUCACUCUGUUGUAUCGCAUUGGAGAGCUGUUCACUUUGGCUGUGGGGACUUUGCCGUCUCUCUGCAUGUUCUGGCCGGUUUUUGUCACUUCAAAGGUCAUUUCUAUCAAGAAGCAGCGCAAGGCACUCGCUGCAUCUGUUGUUAAACUGCAGGGCCGCGAUGUCGUUGCGACUUGGAAAAUGCUUGUGGCGAUGGUACUGGCACCAGCACUUUACACCUGGUAUUCGGUUAUAGUGACACUCUGGCUACGCUACUGUCGUCAUGACGGCUAUUAUUCUUCAAUCGUUCCAUGGUGGAUGAACGCAAGGGUGUACAUCCCCGAUUUCAUUCCUCUGUGGAUCUUUUAUAUUUUCUUCUUUGGGCUCAUGAUUUUCGUGUCUUUUGCUGGUCUCCGCAUUGGUGAGAUCGGCAUUGACGUCAUGAAAUCUCUGCCGCCGCUUUUCGUUGCGUUGAACCCAUUGUCGAUUAAUUCGUUGGCCAGAAUCCGAGCUGAACGCCAGGCGGUAUCAGCGCAGGUGGUGGAGGUGAUCAAUCUGUUUGGGCCAGAGAUAUUCCCCAACUUUGAGUCCGAGAAACUGGUCGACUACGGGCAGGGCCACGAUGAUGCCUAUUGGUCGCAACUGAAGACCGUGGCGCCUAGCGAGUCUGAGUAUGGAGGAGAGAGUCGAAGUCGCAACAGUCGAAGUAGCUCGACGAGUAGCAGUUUUCCUCAGUAUGAUGGCCUUUUAAAGCCUCUGACUCCCAUGGAAUCGAGGGACGACACAGGUGAGUUGAACAAACGGAUCAGAGAUGCCAUGCAGGAGAGGGGUCGAAAACGCUUCGAAUCUGAAUGCAUGGCGGACGAGGAUGAAUCGUCGGAAGACAUUUCUGGUGGUAGCGGAGCGGGCGCAGGAGCCGCGGAUAAGAAGACGAAUUAA